AUGUCCAGGGCCUCCACGCCCUCGCCGGAGCAGAUGCGCUGCGAGGCGAAGGAGUUCACGGACUCCCCGGGCCUCGCGCAGCGGAGCAUUCAGAACACCCCCGAGCCGAUGCACUGUGGAGGCGCAGCCAUCAGCACUCCCUCGCCUUGUGCCAUGUCUUCCUUGAACCACCCCAUGCUGGGCUUGCCGCCGCUCCGGCGCGCUUUCCGCGAAGCAAAGCUCGUGGUCUGA